AUCCGGAAGAGAAAUGUUCAACGAGACGAAAAUAAUCAUAUGACGAUGUUAAAUUACCACCAUAUUUAACAAAGAUUCCGGAGUAAAUAUUUGUGAAUACUUGUUUUACAAUUAUGGACGUUGUCUGCGAUAUAUGCCCGAUUUUCGAAGUUUGGGUAUGCCGCCCUUCGAGCGAAAAGUAAAGCAACGUGUACAGGCUUUCUUCCAACUUUUAUAAUUUGAGCUGCGGUUGGAAAUGGCAGAAGGAGGUGUUGAUCGUUGUAUGACAGAAACUGACAACGUGUCUACGCACAGCAGCCUGAACAGUCGUCACUCUCGGGAUGAUAUUGAAGGUGUGUCUGUGCAAGUCUGCCAUAUAAUGACCCUGCUGGGAUAUGGGGAGGAGAUCAGACGGAGACGUGUUGAGUUAUACAGGAAAAGUGAUAUGUUUGUGAACGCGGGAUUCCUUCCUGGUACUUUCAUCACAGCUGGCAGCAAGGCCGAGGGGCUGACCUGCUGGAAUGAAAGCGACAGUGACCGUUUAAUAUUGCUGAACGGUGUCCUGUGUGUGGAAGCUGGGAUCAAUCUUCAAACCAUACCGGACGACAUACAGGUGUACAGAAUGGAUACACGUGUAUACCCAGGCCACUGCAGGAUGUUACGUGAGAGAUGUGGGUCGCACACAAGUAAUUUGCGAUUGGAACAUGCUCUUUGUGAUGACGGAAAAGGGAACGCUUUGCUAAGCAGCGGUCUAUGGCUUGAUGAUAUAGAACAAAUUUUGAAUCGUCUUGUGCUUAAAUCAGGACCUCCAUUUAAACGCAUGGGGCCAUCAAUACCGUGUACAAACUUAGGAAUUAAUUACGACCUAGUGUUCGCAAUACGCUGUCACUGCCCCAGUAUCCUGCAGAGAUGGGCUCAACGAUCUCGGCUUUGGCCGCCACCGGAAGUCGUGCAUAAAGUUGUAUCACUGGGUUCUGUUGUCACCCCCGUCGGAUUUAAUGGCAGUGAGUACAAAUAUUUAGAGUGGAGGAUUUGUUUUAACAUGGGAGAAACAGAAAUUGUUACCAAUCUAAAUAUGGUUCAGGCUAAAUUGUAUGUAAUUCUAAAAAUGAUUGUAAAAGAGGUUCUAAAACCAAGCAAUAAAGAAAUAACAUCCUAUGUGCUGAAAAACAUAAUACUUUGGCAAGCUGAACGCAAUCCAUCCGAAAUGUUUCAAGAAAGGAAUUUGAUCCAUUGGUUACAUGACGCACUGAGAACACUCAGAACUGCGAUAUCAUCUACACAGCUGCCAUAUUACAUGAUUCCUGAGCGAAAUCUGAUGGCAGCGUGUGGAUUGCAGGAAGUACAGCAGCGUAAAUGGGUGGCAGAUAUCACGGACAUGAUAGGGGAAGGACCGAGGGUGGUAAUGAGAUUGCCAAAGAUACGACAGGCCGUUAUCGGUCACCCAGAGCCGCUGCUGUGGUUCAGCAGGAAAAGGAUGGAGAUUGAGCUACUGAUGUUUGAGUUGAGCAGCAGAUUCAUGCGCUGUUCAUAUGAGAACUGUGAAAGUAAAAUCACCAUGGUAGAGAUAAUGAGACACAUAGAUGAGAUAUUUAGCGAAUUUUCUAUAAGGAUGAUUAUGGAAGGCGGCACUGUUUAUGAUGUGAAGGAUUCAUAUUCCAGAUACAUGUUUAUGCUCAGAGUCUUGAUGUGACUGUGCUUCAUAUGUUCCGGGAAACUAUUUAAACAAUUUAGGCUUUUGUGUUUUUUUAUUUAAAAAAUACAAAAUUUGCAUACAUCAAUAAGUUUUUUGUCAUUUUAGUAUACGUUAGUAUUUUAGUAUAUACCUUACGUGUCAAUUACUAUUAUAUAGUCACAGAAAUAAUGACUUAUUUAAAUAUCAAUCUGACAUUAAUUAUGGUUUGAUAUAAGAAAAAAAUAUGUUUUAAUUUUAUAUUUGAUUUUAAAACAUGACUAAGUGUUCAUGCGGAAAGAUCGAUUUUAAAAUACUAAUGGUCGAGUGUAUGUGUGUGCAUGCGUGCGUGUGUACUUCAGAUUUGUCCGGACAUAAACUUCAUUCAUCGUACAAUUGUAUAGUCACUUAUCACAAAUUUCAUUAUCAUGAGUCGCGGCUUACAACCAUCUCCAGUUUGGCCAAAACAGCUUUUCCGGACUGUAACUUUGUCAUUUAACGUGUUUUUUUUUAUAAAGUAGCACAACUUACCACGAAGAGAAGACGGCAUUUCACUAUUAUUACCUCUCUCUCUCUAUCAAAAGUUAACCCAUUUAUGUCUAGCGUCCUGAAAAAAAGGCAUUGGCAAACAGCGUAGACCCAGAUGAGACGCCGCAUAAUGCGGCGUCUCAUAAGGGUCUACACUGUUUGCUUAAACGAAAUUCUGUCAGAAAUAUUCUAAAAAUAGAAAUAAAUAUUCCAGACAUCCCUAAUUUUAGAAAUAACUUGAUCCAAUUUAGAAGGAUGGAAGAGUCCACGAGGCAUAAAUGGGUUUAUAUCAAACUUAGAGAUCAAACAUCAAAGUAAGCCAUGAAAAAGCGUGUGCUGGUGAUUGUAAAAGUGUAUAUCAUCAGGCGAUUUUAAAAUAAUUUACUACAAAUCACAAUUAUAAGGAGACGGCGUGUCGCAUUUAAGCCACUUCUUCCUAUAUCAAAGGUGAAGGUCACUUUAAGAGGUCAAAGGUCACCUUUGGCCAUAAAACAUCUUGUACGGACUGUUUCUUUGUCAUUAAUCAUGCCGUUAAAAUACAUGAUCUAAUAGACAGCAAUAAGGAAAGAGUGUGUCGCAUGUAAGACAUGUCUCCGUAUAUCAAAAGUCAAUGUCGUACAAAUGUCAAAGUCGUAAACAAAUAGGCUUGUCUUGACUGUUACCACUUAAGAUCAUCGGGAGGAUACGUUAAGUCGAGCGUAAAACCCUUCUCUAGACCUCAAACGCAUAGGUCAAAAUUUGAUUUCAAAACUUAAAUUUGGACAUUAAACAGAUCAUCGGUACUGUUUAUUUAUAAGCGUUCAUCAUGUAAUUUUAAAAGUAUUAUUAAUCUAGAUUGUGUCAUUUGCGGAGAACCGUCUCCUUAGUUCAAAGGUCAAGC